AUGCCCACCUGUGAAUGCACAGGACUUGUGCUUACCGAAAAAGCCCAGGCCCGAAAAAGGAAAAUUGCAGAAACCAGCAUCGAUGAUGAGAAGGCCAGUGACUAUUUGUCACUAGAAGUCUUCUGGCUGGAGCGGUUGACGCAAUACUCAAAGUCUACACUCGCCAUUUAUAGAGAAACAUGCGAUCUACUCGAGCUGGAAUAUAAUAAACAAGAUGGCGUUGAUGAAGUACUUAUACAGAUCGAAGACCAUAGAGCACUAGCUGUGCCUAAAAUCGAAGCCUGUGCAAGUACUUCAUCUUUAGCGGCUUCGCGUUACUUUUCAUCGAAACUUUCCAGCACUUGGUACACCCGUGCUGGGGAAGAAGGCGUUUUCUGGCUUAGUGAGUUUGUCGGCGAAACGGAAACCACAUUCCCCAAACCUCAGCCUCACCAGCACGCCAGCCUUUCCCUUUAUGCCCUCAGAGUGCAAGAAAGUCGACUCCUCCAGGAUUCGAGACUCCUGUCAGAAGAAUCUGAGCUGUCAGCUUAUGCCCAGAAGUACGGUGAAGUGAUUCAGCACCUUAGGACUAUUGAAAAGUGCAGAGUGCUGCCAUUACCUUGGACACACAAUCUACUAUCACUAAUUGAAGUGAGACAACAUAGGAGAAGAUUAAUCUCAAAUAUCCAAGCCACAGAGGAGGAUGAUAUGUUUGGCCGAUCUCUGCUACACUUGGCGCUUGAUCUCGGUGUAGGUGACGACGCUGUACACCUGCUCAGCAGUGCCGCUAAUGAGCCCGACGCCUGGGGUCGUCUUCCUCUACACAUCGCUUCCUUCACUGGCUGUAUUGAUUUAGCCACACGUUUGAUCUACGGCCAGAAAGAAAUUCAAAUAAAGGAUGCACACGAUUUGCAGCCUCUCCACUAUGCUAGUGCUGCUGGGCAUGUGGACAUUGUGAAUCUGUUGAUUGGCAAAGCUGAAACUGACCCAGAAGACGGGUAUGGCUGGACACCUUUCCUUUAUAGUGUCAGGAACGGACAUGUAGCAACAGCUACUGUGCUUCUUAAUAAUGGGGCUAAUAUUGAAAUGCAUGAUCAUCGUCUCUGGACACCACUGCUGCAUGCUAUCGACUGUGGACGAUUGGGCAUUGUUGGCUUGCUCCUGCAUAAGGGCGCCCAGGUCAAGCCAAUGAUGAAAGUUUACAAGCGCAUUUCACAGCCCUUGAGGGAAAGACAUCUUGGCGUUAUCAAGCUGCUUCUUGAACACGGCGCGGUGGAGGAGAUUCGUCGUUUCAGUAACGAAAAUCUUCUACUUUGGGCUGCCAAGAAGCGAGAUCAUCGCCUCUGUGGUCAACUCAUUCUUCACAAAGUCUUUCGAACACCCAUCUCUACUAACGGUAUCACUGCGCUUUCAUAUGCCUCUGAGGGAGGAAAUCACGAAAUCGUGGUGGAACUGCUCGAAAACGGAGUGGACCCUAACGAAAGGUGCAGCGGUCGUGAACUACCAUUGUCAUACGCUGUGGCGGGAGGACACGUAAGUGUCACGAAAGAGCUACUCAAACACAACGCCGACCCAAAUGCAAGAUCUGGUAUAGAUAUGGAUGGUCAAAUGAUUCUCUUCAACGCAUUUGAACUGCGAAACCCGGAUAUCAUUGACCAUCUUGUUGCUUGGGGAGCCGAUGUUAGCGCCAACGGCUCUCGUCUCUAA